UGAUUGUAAUGAACAUUUUUGUUAAUUAAAUGGAUCCCUGUUACAGUGCCCAGGACAUCGUUCAAUGUUUCCUUUGUAAUGAUAACAUUGUACAGAACUACUGUGACUUCUGUCAUGUCAACCUCUGUAAAGCUUGUAUAGGAGAACACAUCUCAGAUGGAUAUGACAAACAUAAAAUAGUCACCUUUCAGCAGAGAAAAUCUACCCUGAUUUUUUCAAGUUGUAAGAAACAUUCCAAAGAAACAUGUAGACUCCAAUGCCAGUCAUGUAACUUCUUUAUGUGCGCCAAAUGCUAUAUUUCAAAAGAACAUAAAGAUCAUAAUGUUAUAGAUCUAGAAAACAGCUACAAUUCGAAGAAAGCAAACAUUGAAAAACAUAUGGAAGAAAUUAAAAAUGUUAUUUUUCCAACAUAUGAAGAAAUGAGGAAGACAUUGGAGAGCAAGAUUGACAGUCUAGAUGGAAAUUAUGAAAAAAUUACUUCAAUGAUUUCCAGACAAGGAGAGGAAUGGCAUAGAGAAAUUGAUAGAUCUAUCAAACAAAUGAAGAACGAAAUAAAUGAGAUCAAAGUUCAUCACCGGGACAUUUUGAAAAAACAUUUUAAAGAGAUCGAACAGAUAGAAUCCUUGGUAAAAGAAAAUAUACGCACUCUGGAAGACAUACAGCGGAAAUCCAAUGUCGUAUCUGCAAUCAUCGAAUACAAAUCCCGAAACAACGAAUUUGGUAAACUUCCUCCGAAAGUUGAAGUCUUAUUGCCAACAUUUUUUUCCGAGCCAUUGGAUAGGGGGAAAGUUGAUAAAAUGAUAGGGUCCAUUAAGCCUCUCACCUCUACUACAGAUGAAAAUGGUUAUGAAUUGAAAAAACAAAUGGGGCCUUAUAGAGAACUGCUUGAUGCUCCCGAAGUCAUCUAAGCGUUUAACACUGGGUAUAACAGUCUUUCAAGUGUUUCCUUUCGCAGCACACAAGAAAUAUGGACGUCUGCUGAAAUACCUGAAAUAAAAUGCUUCAACAUAAAUGGAAACUCUAUCAAUUCAAUCAAAACAAAGUCUGGAGAAUAUCCAAAUGAUAUAGCAGUCACAAGUGAUGGAUUUAUGUUGUAUUGUGACUGGAUGGGGAAUGUAAAUAAAGUUGUGAAUGGACGAAUAUAAAAAAUAAUCAAACUUCUAGGAUGGGUACUCGGCAAUCUGUGCGUCACUUCGACUGAUGAUCUUCUGGUUGUGAUGUGUAAUGAUGACAAAACCCAUUGCAAAGUUGUUCGAUACUCAGGCUCAGUUCUGAAACAAACAAUUCAAUAUGAUAAGAACGGCAAACCGUUGAACUAAGGAGUUUUCAAAGUAAAAUACAUUGCAGAAAACAGAAACCUAGAUAUAUGCGUGGCUGACCGUGCAGCUGGUGCAGUGGUAGUUGUUAGUCAGGCUGGGAAACACUGAUUCCGCUACACCGGUCAUCCAUCUAAGGAGAAUCCGUUUAUUCCUCGUGGCAUCACAACAAACAGCCAGUCAGAUAUUGGUAGCAGAUUUUGGCAAUAUCGGUAUCCAUAUUCUGAAUCAGGAUGGUCAGUUCUUGCGUUUUAUUAAUGUGGCUUGUCUGUUGACACACUUGACAACUUAUUCGUUGCCGAGUACAAAACUGGAGAUGUUAAGGUCAUCAAAUAUCUGUAGUGAACGACCAUGUGUUAAAAGUUGGUAUGCUGUCUUACCUUAAUUUAUUGAAAUGACUUCAAUGUGUUUUAUGUUCUUUAGUCAUAUUUGAUUUAAGUUAUUUUUACUCUAAACGUGUAUUAGUACUUACUGUAGUAUAUUAAAAAAGAUGAUGCUACUUUCUUUUAAGAGUUUUGAAGUGAUCCAUGUUUUAAUUUCUGUACCAAUUAACAUUAGACGUAUUAUUUUUUAAUGCAUGUAAAAGUGUCAUUUGAUGUAUAUAUUUGAUGACAUGUAUAACACCUGUUUCAUGUCAAAUAUGUAGGCACACAAGAUAUGUGUAGCUUCUAUCUUUUUACAUAAAAAAACCAAAUCUUCAUUCUUUUAUUAUAUCAUUGUUGCUGUUAAUAUUAAAAAACAAAUAACAAAUGCUAAUUAUGAUAUAUAUAUUUUUUAAAUUAUUUAUUGUGAACAUUCAUAAUUCAGAUUUUAAAUGGAAAAUUAAAGGAAUGUAUACGUACAAAAUACGUUUUAAAUUGGUAUUUAAAACUAUUGAAUUUAUUGUAGUUUCCGGUAACUCAUAAUUAGCAACAU